AUGUCGGCUCAAGACUCCCCUCUCAACUCCUUAUCUUCUCGUUUCCCACUCACCUUCCCCGUUCCCACACCUCUCACUCAUCCUCAUCUCAUCUCCGCCUCAGAUCUCGCAACAGAGGAAGACCUCCUGCACAAUCCCGACAAUCUACGAUCAUGGCUCUCAUACAUCCAUCAACUGAAAGAACGUAUAAUAGCCAAUGAACCUCCCAAAGCCGACAAGCCAUCGCCCGAGGAGAUACUCCUAGGUCCAUUAUCCAGUCAUGUUGCCCGAGAGGGUUUACAACAAUUGACAAUGGUUUACGAAAGGGCUUUAGCGAUUUUCCCUGCAAGCUUCAAACUUUGGAGAUCAUAUUAUCAAAUGAGACAAUCCUACGUGUUGGGGGAAUUGACAAGUUCAGCUAAGACUGCUAGAGGCCAACAUGCCAAACGAGGUUCAGGAUUCAAGACGAAUGUGAGAGAACAGUUAGAAGCUGCUGAAGAAGCCAAUGAGUGGGUAGGAGGAUUAGAUGGUAUAGUUGGAUACGAAGAAUGGAGAUCGUUGAUUGCUACUGGAGAAAGGAUGAUCGCUUGUCUGAGUCAUUUACCUGUACCAUGGUUAUUACACCUUUCGAUUUUGUUUCACCCAAAAUGCCCCGCGACGUUCAAGAGAACCUAUGCGAGACGAACAUUCGAUAGAGCACUCAGAACGCUCCCUCCAAGUUUACAUGGAAGAGUGUGGGGUCUGUAUCUUAGAUGGGCAGAGAUGAUUGGUGGAGAAGCUGGUGAGAGAGUUUGGAGAAGGUUCUUAAAGGUCGACGCAAGUCUGACUGAAAGACAUAUCACAUACCUCCUUGACUCGACUCCGCCUCGUCCACUCGCUGCGUCCAAAUACCUUCUCUCCCUCGCUCGUCGCGCAUCCAAGAACCUGUACUCAUCACUCGAGGGCAAAUCACCGUAUCAGCUGUUCGUCGAUUUCUUAGAGCUGGUAGAGCGGUAUGCAGAUGAAGUAGGUAUGGACGAAGAGCAGACAUUAGAACUUAAAGCGGCCAAGCAAGUGGCUCAAGAUGAAAUAACGAAACCUGACGCCGAAGACACACCUGCUCCAGCGGAAGAACCAGCUAGUAUACAUGGUCGUCUGAUCAGGAUAGCUGGACCACCUGUCCCAGUAGAACAGGGAAAGAUAUUCAAACCUAAAGAUGCUAUCUCAGCUAAGAAAGGUCCAGAGGAACUACCUUAUGAUGAAGAUACCGAUCCGUCCAAUUCACGCUUAUUAGACGUAGAAGGUAUAGUAGAAACAGAUGGAUUAGAAGUAUAUAAAGAUCAAGCUGGUAGGUUAUGGACGGGUCUGGCGACAUAUUGGAUCAAACGUGGUGAAUUUGAUCGAGCGACAUCAACUUUCGAAAGAGGUUUAGCAGCGGUGGUGACUAUCAGAGAUUUCACUCAGAUAUUUGACGCUUAUGCUGAGUUCUCCGAAACUAUGAUUUCUACUUUGAUGGAUGCUCUUGCCGAUGAAGAUAAUUUAGCAGAUGAAGAAUUCGAUGCUGAAGAGACUGAGAAAGAAUUAGAUGAGAGGAUGAAGAAGUUUGAAGAGUUGAUGGAUAGAAGACCCUUCCUCCUCAAUGAAGUUCUCCUCAGAAGGAAUCCGAACGAGGUGGUAGAGUGGGAAAAACGAAUAGCGCUUUAUGGAGACGACGACGAGAAAGUGGUUGAAACGUAUGUGAAAGCUUUGGAUACGAUAAAUCCAAGGAAGGUCACAGGACCCCUAUAUCCUCUAUAUGUCAACUUUGCGAAGUUCUAUGAAGAGGGUGGAAGCAAAGAUCCGGAAAGUGGAGAACCCAGAAAUGAACCCGAUUUGAAACAGGCUAGGAAGAUUAUGGAGAGAGCUACGAAAGUACCCUACAAGAGUGUAGAUGAGCUGGCGGAAGUAUGGUGUGAAUGGGCAGAAUUGGAGUUGAGGAAUGAGAAUUACGACGAGGCUAUCCGUUUGAUGCAGCGAGCGACCACGAUACCGCGAGAUCCCAAAAAGAUCAACUUCUAUGACGAGUCUCUAUCCCCACAACAGCGUCUGUUCAAAUCCCUCAAAAUAUGGUCUUUCUACAGUGAUCUCGAAGAAUCCAUCGGUUCCGUUGAAUCAACAAAAGCAGUCUACGAUAAGAUUAUGGAAUUGAAAAUCGCCAAUGCUCAGGUCAUUGUCAACUACGCUGCUUUCCUGGAAGAGAACAAGUACUUCGAAGAGAGUUUCAAGGUGUACGAGCGAGGUAUUGAGCUAUUCCACCCAUCCGUCGCAUUCGAAAUAUGGAACAUCUACCUUUCUAAAUUCGUCAAACGAUAUGGUGGUAAGAAGCUCGAAAGGGCAAGAGAUCUGUUCGAACAGGCAUUAGAGAAUUGUCCACCUAAAUUCUGCAAACCGAUUUAUCUCCUAUAUGGUAGACUUGAAGAAGAACACGGUUUGGCUAAGAGAGCGAUGGGUAUCUACGAUCGAGCUUGUACGACAGUACAGGAUUCAGAUAAAUUCGAUAUGUUUACGAUAUACAUUGCGAAAGCCACUGCGAACUUUGGAUUACCCGCCACUCGACCGAUAUACGAAAGAGCACUUGAAAGUCUACCGGACAAACAGACUGCGGAAAUGUGUAAGAGAUUUGCAAGGAUGGAGAGGAAACUUGGUGAAAUUGAUAGAGCCAGAGCUAUCUAUGCUCAUGCGAGUCAAUUCUGCGAUCCUAGGAUUGACAAGGAGUUCUGGGAAGAAUGGAACUUGUUUGAGGUCGAAACUGGAUCCGAGGACACUUUCCGAGAGAUGUUACGUAUCAAGCGUGCGGUCCAAGCUGCAUUCAACACCGAGACAUCUUUCAUCGCUGCUCAAACGGCCGCAGCUGCCAAAGGAGCUGAGAAACCUACCGAUACAGCUCAAGACGCUGCUGAUCCUAUGGCAGCUAUGGAAAGAGAGUUGUCAGGAACGAAUGGUUCUGCGAACAAGAAGACUGGUGGACCCGCCUUUGUGGCUAGUACGUUGAAGACGCAGAAUGCUCAUGGUAUCGAUCAAGCGGAGGAUGAAAGUGAGGUCGCGAAUCCGGAUGCCAUAGAGAUGGAUGAAGAUGAGUUUUAG